AUGUUGUCGUACCUCGUGGACACGGGUCCUCUAGAUAAACGGACACCGGUUUUGUUUGAAUCGGACGAGAACCCCACCUGGCCAAGCGGUCUCCAAGUUUCCAACACUCUGUUGACUGCAAAUGUAGGGAAAUCUAGUAGGGUUGAAAUAGAGGUAGACAAUACCACCAAACAUGACAUUACUUUAAAGAACAGGACAGUUUUAGGCCGCUUACAACUGGUGCAGUCAGUUACUCCGAUCGAAGUAAAGCUAAAGACAGAACACACUCGUGGGGCAGAUAAGUCGAAUCCAAACGGAACAGAUAGUUCGCAGUCAGGCCCAACCAGUCAGUUUUCGCACGACGAAGCAAGCGAACCGUUCACUUUACCCUCUCACUUAAAGAAUGUUGAUAUGAGUACCCUAAACGAAGAGCAGAGAAAAUUAGCCACAAAACUUCUGAUCGAACAGACGGAUGUUUUUUCGAGAAACGAUGACGAAAUCGGUUGCAUUCCAGACCUCCAGAUGAAUAUUAAUUUGAAGGACAAAACACCUGUCCAGAAAAAUUAUGUUGCUGUACCAAAACCACUAUACCCAGAGGUCAAAGCGUAUAUAGAGGACUUACUAAAUCGAAGCUUUAUUCGCAAGUCUACCUCCUCUUACAGCUCUCCAGUCGUGUGUGUUAGAAAAAAAGGCCAAAGCUUACGACUAUGCGUGGACUACCGCGAGUUAAACAAGAAAACCCACGCAGAUCGGCAUCCAAUACCUAGGAUCCAGGAAACGUUAGACAAUUUAGGAGGCAACUUGUGGUUUUCCGUGCUCGACCAAGGCAAAGCAUACCAUCAAGGAGUCCUAACCCCUGAAAGUCAGCCUCUUACUGCUUUCAUAACGCCGUGGGGACUCUACGAAUGGGUUAGGAUCCCAUUUGGCCUGUCCAAUGCACCCGCCUCGUUCCAACGUUUUAUGGAAACGUGCCUUGGUGAACUAAGAGACGAAAUAUGCGUACCAUAUCUCGACGAUAUUAUCGUAUUCAGUGCCACGUUUGACGAGCACAUUUCACACCUCCGAAAGGUUCUACAGCGGCUUAAAGAACAUGGCGUAAAAUUGAAACCAAAAAAAUGUUCAAUGUUCAAACGAGAGGUCUUAUUCCUUGGACGAAUUGUUUCUGCAGAAGGCUAUACAUUGGACCCGUCAACAGUUGCUCCAGUCCUCCGAUUAAAAGCGACUCUCCCCAAAACAGUGAAAGAUGUCCGAAAGCUAAUGGGAUUCCUGAAUUAUUACAGACGAUACAUAGAGAAUUUCUCUAGCAACGCUAAACCCAUUUAUGACCUGCUUAAGUCCGAUGAUGAUAACGACAACAAGGUAAAGGCAAAGGGAAAACGUGGUGUUCAGCCGCCCCCAAAUCAGCCGAUAACAUGGACAACUGUUCACCAGUCCGCUCUAGAGAAGCUUAUCGGGUGCCUUAUAAACCUACCAUUAAUGGCAUAUCCAGAGCCUAAUAGCCCCUACGUCCUACACACGGACGCUUCCGAAAGUGGGUUGGGCGCGGUACUGUACCAAAAACAAAACCGAAAACUACGUGUCAUCGCUUACGGUUCUCGGACAUUAACAGCAGCAGAAAAGAACUACCACCUUCACUCCGGAAAACUGGAAUUCCUAGCUAUGAAAUGGGCAGUUUUGGGAUUACCUCUACUACGCGCCAAGUUUUGUUGUGUUUACGGAUAA